GCGGUGUCGAACGUAUUCCUAACGCUUAGCCCGUUGAGCCACACCGUCAUAAAUUCAAAAGUUUUGAAAUAGGCUACCAAUUAGCAAAAUUAUCAAUGAUAGGUUUCUGGCUUUAGAUGGGUAAAUAAAUGUCACUUUUUAGACCCCCUGAUCUUCCAAUUUCAAUUCUGCACCAUAUACCGGUAGCUGUAGAGUAGAGUCUAAACUUUUUGUUUGCUGUCCUGUCCUAUCUGUUACACUUACAGUACUUUUAAUUUUAGUACUUGUUUUUAUCAACUUUUAUCAUCUGUUAUGCUCAUUAUGGCACUAUGGAGUCGAAAUAAUCUUUAAUCAAUUAUAAAACAUUAUUACCUAAUUCUACAAGUUCUAUUUCUUUGAGCAAAAGCAAUCAUAUUGAAAAAAAAUUGUCACGAUACAUUCAAUAUAUUAAAAUUAGUGUUAAGCGGAUUCCUCCCCCGAAACCGCAUCAAUCUGUCUAAGUUACAACUUCUGUAAUCUUGAGUGAAAAUAAAAUGACACGUUUCGCCAUUCUUUGCUCUUUGUUGACAUCUUACGCUUACGGUUAUGACAUCGCAAACCAAACAUUCUUCAAUAUGUCUGAAUGCAGGAAUGUGGAUGAUUCUCGUUGCAUGUGAGUAAAGUAACUGAGGAACAAUGGCUUCUAAGUUCAGUGGUGCUCUUCAGUUAACUGAUUUGGAUGACUUCAUUGCACCAUCGCAAGAAUGUAUCAAGCCGACACAGAUUAAAAAGCCUUCAGUUGUAUCGCUAAAUAAAGAGAUAAAGAAGAAAUCAAAAAUAAGGCUGGAUGAUGAAGGUAAUUAUGUUGAUGCGGCAAAUGAACAAAUCAAAACUUUGCAGAAAGCUGAAGUAUCUUUGAGUGAUUGUUUAGCAUGCAGUGGAUGUGUUACAUCUGCGGAGUCUAUUCUUGUACAACAACAUAGUUUUGAAGAGUUUUAUAAGGUUGUUUUGUCGAAUAAAUCUGAAAAUCCUAAAAGAUAUAUUGUUGUUUCAACGUCUCCCCAAAGCAGAGCAUCUUUAUCUGCUCAUUAUGGACUUAGUCUUGAAGAGACUGCACUAUUUUUAAGUAAUUUCUUCACUAAAAUUGGUGCAAAUUUAGUAUUGGACACUGCAUAUUUUCGCCAAUAUGUACUUGAUGAAUGUAGGAAAGAAUUUAUUGAAUUAUUUCAAAACAAUGCAAAUUUGCCAAUAUUGACAUCAGCAUGUCCUGGCUUUAUUUGCUAUGCUGAAAAAACUCAUGGUAAACUUGUGAUUCCACAUUUGAGUAAAGUGAAAUCACCACAACAAAUUGCAGGAUCUUUAAUCAAAAGUAUAAUUCCGAGUGUUUCCGAAAACUCACCAAGCUCGGUAUAUCAUGUGACAGUAAUGAUGUGUUAUGAUAAGAAAUUAGAAGCAACAAGAGAGGACUUUUAUAAUGAUAUUUAUCGAAGUAAAGAUGUUGACCUCGUUCUUGCAACAACCGAGGUUCAAACUAUGAUUGAAAAAGAAUCCAUCUCUCCUAAAGACCUAUUAUCAUUGGAUAACCAUACCACUCCUGAUGUUUCAUCCAUUCAUAAAGAAUUACGGAAAGCUUUGUUAGCUCCAUCAAAUCUUAUUAGUAAUGCUGGUGGUGGUUCGGGAGGAUUUCUUGAAUACAUUUUCAGGUCAGCUGCUAAAGAACUUUUUAAUAAGACUGUAGACAAGAUCGAAUACAAAACAAUAAGAAACAAUAAAGAUUUCAGAGAAGUGAUUCUUAAUGAUGAUGAUGGUAAUGUUCUUCUACGCUUUGCAUGUACAUAUGGAUUUCGUAGCAUUCAAAAUUUGGUGCAAAAAAUGAAAAGAAAAAUGUGUAAAUAUCACUAUGUAGAGGUUAUGGCUUGUCCAUCAGGUUGUCUCAACGGCGGUGGACAAAUUAAAGAUCCCAAACUGAGUAGAGAUGAGCAAAAAGAACAUCUUGCACUUAUUCAGAAAAAAUAUGACGAAGUUGAACCUCAGACUGAACUCCAUGAUGUACCUUCUCUUGCUGAUAAAUUCUCUGCAAGUGAUUUGGACAUGAUAUUGUAUACAAAAUAUCACGCAUUAGAAACAGAUAAUGCGAUAGGGCUGGGUAUUAAAUGGUGAUGGAAUGCUUUUAAAUCUGAUUUGUUAUAAUAUGAUUUCUUAUAAACAUAGAAACAGCGCAAUACACAUAUUACUAACUCCAUUAGUGCCUACUCGUUUGGAUAAAUAUUCCAGCAAUAUGUGCAACCUUGUUUUCAACUAUGUGAGCUGUGCUUUGAACAUAUACUGUAAAAAAUAUAGUAUUGUUCUGUUUGCUAAUCUAAUUUUGUACAUUAUAUUAGUUUUAUAAAUGUGCCAUAGGCGAUGCCACCUUGAAUAAUGUUGAUGAUCUGUUCAAUUUAGAUUUUUCAAUGUCAACAUGUAUUAUGUUCCCUUCUAUGGGACAAUUUCCGUAUAUUUAAUUGAUACUCAUAAUAUUGUCUAAACAACAGUUUUGAUAUGAAUAAUAUUUAUAUGUAUGGCUUUUGUGGGUGCGAAGGUGGUUGGAACGUUUUUUAGUUUUAAACCCACCUCGUUGAGGGUGUUAUAAAUUUGGCACAUAUCAGAAAUAGUCGUCCCAUAUCAGUGGUUGCUUUUGCAGAUCCUUGAUAGGGUGAAGAUGUGACAAUACCUUGUACACUAUAUAUAUAUACAAUAGCCAUUUAUAUCAAUGAUAAAAAAAAUUCUCAUACUGAUUUUUCAAUAUAUUUGUUUGAUCUCUUAAUUUAUUUCAUGUAUUAUGAUUCAUAAAAAGAACAUGAAUGCCAUUUCCGGUUUUCAGCAGUUAAGAUAUGUUUUCAAUAAUCAUUGAUUGGGAUAUUUCAUUGUAAGAACACUCUAUCUUUAAAUGUAAAUAUGAAAAUCUAUGUUUUUUUUUGACUCAAAG